AUGGUCAAAAAUGGCGGCGAAUCGAUUCUGGUGGCGGUUCGCGUUCGGCCGUUCAAUGAUCGCGAAAAAAAAAGGAAUUGCAAGUGCAUCAUUGAGAUGCCGAACGAGCAGACGACGGUGAUCAGAGAUCCGAAGACGAAUGAAGAGAAGAGAUUCACUUAUGAUCAUUCAUAUUGGUCCCACGACGGGUUCGAGGAGAAGAAAAACGGAUACUUCGCUCCUACAGACUCGCAUUAUGCCGAUCAGAAGCGCGUGUUCGAGGAUCUUGGUCGUGGAGUUCUCACGAACGCCUGGGCUGGAUACAAUUGCUCGCUGUUCGCUUAUGGUCAAACCGGCUCUGGAAAAAGUUAUUCGAUAGUCGGAUUCAAAAACAAUAAAGGAAUUGUUCCAAUCGUUUGCGAGGAGCUUUUUAAGCAAAUUGCCAAGUCGAAAAAGAAAAGCACGCAGUAUGAAGUAUUUGUGUCAAUGAUGGAGAUUUACUGUGAAAAGGUUCGAGAUCUUUUAAGCACAACUCCACCGCCGAAAGGCGGAUUGAAGGUCAGAGAACAUCCAAAUAAAGGAUUUUAUGUCGAAAAUCUGACAACCGUUCCUGUGAAUUCUUUCAAGGAAAUUGAAGCAAAAAUCGAUGAAGGCACAAAAAAUCGAACGAUUGCAGCGACAAAUAUGAAUGCGACGAGUAGUCGAGCACAUACGAUUGUGAAAAUUACGUUUCAUCAGAAGUCAUCGAAGAAUGGCGGCGGAGCUUCAAUGAAAAAAAGCGAAAUCAAUUUGGUGGAUCUUGCUGGAAGCGAACGGCAUUCCUCUGCUGGUACCGAAGGAGAUCGAUUGAAAGAAGGAAUCGUGAUCAACCAAUCGCUGACAACUCUUGGGCGUGUUAUCAAGGCGCUUCAUGACUCGCAGAAAUCGAAAGGAUCGAAGAAGAUCCAAGUCCCUUAUAGGGAUUCGGUGUUGACUUGUCUGCUAAAAAAUGCGCUCGGUGGAAAUAGUAAAACGAUUAUGAUUGCGGCAAUUUCGCCGGCUGACAUCAAUUAUGAAGAAACGCUUUCAACGUUGCGAUUCGCCGACCGAGCCAAACAAAUCAAAACGAAUGCAGUUGUCAAUGAGAAUCAAACCGAAAGAGCACUUCGAGAGCUCAGAGAAGAAAAUCUUCGACUACAGAGCCAGAUACAAGGAAGAAGUGGAGAUGCGAGUCAGGAAGAAAUCGAGAAACUUCGCCGACAAUUGGCUGAAAAUCAAAAGGAAAUGGAGGAAAUGGAGAAGUCGUGGCAACAGAAAAUCGCGGAAGAAGCCGCAAAGCAUGCUAGCGGUGCCAGCGAGAAAGCUGAAAUUGAAGCUAAAAAGAAGAAGAUGGCGCAUUUGUGGAACCUGAAUGAGGAUCCGGCACUCACCAACGUUAUUGUUCAUUUUAUACCGGAUGGUGAAACUGUAGUAGGAAACAAACCUUCAACAUCAGGCAAUUUUAUACAAAUGUCGGGACUUUCAAUUCUACCUCAACAUGUUCUUAUUAGGAACGAAAAUAACAAUAAUGUGUAUAUUACACCGUGUUCAUCGGAAGUCGAGAUCAUCGUCAAUGGCAAACGAAUUCACAACGAGACCCAAAUUCAGCAAAAUGAUCGCAUAUUCUUUGGCGGAAAUCAUUUAUACGUGUUCAAUAAUCCUUCGAAGAAAGGCCUACGAACCGAUAUUACUUAUGAGAAAGCACAAGCUGAAAUUGCACAGAAUCAUGCCAUUCAGCUUGGAAAUCGGAACGGAACCAAAAGAGAUCUCAUAUUGGAGGAAGAGCUUAUGUCGAUUCUUCCAUUAGUACAACGGGCAAAUGCAAUGGCAACGGAGCUCGGUAGAAAUGUCAAAUUUGAGAUUGUGCUUGUCUCACCUGAAAUGCGCGGUCUCGCCGAAGGCCUUACAGAGAUUUGGAUAAAAGUUCACAAUGUAACAGAAGAUACAUAUUUCCUUUGGGAGAAGUCGCGAUUCAUGAAUCGCUAUUACGGAAUGCAAGAAAUGUACGAAGCAAAAGUUGAUGGCGCGGAGAAUUGGAACAUGCCCAAGGAGCGUGAUCCAUUCUACGAGCCUCCAGAUUCUCCAGUCUUCAUUGCUUCCUGCAUCGUCUUCCUUCAAUCGCUUGCAUAUCUCAUCGAUUCUGAAGAACAGUUUCCAAUUGUUGAUUUGUCAGGUCAGGAGAUUGGACUGCUGACUGUUGGCCUCUCACCGUGCUCGACAAAUGGAAAAGAAUUACGCGGCGAAUACGUCGAGAGUCCGCGACAGCUCGUCGGCAAAAAUAUCGCGUUCAAAGUGAAAAUUCUGUCCGCCGUCGGACUCCCGCGGCGAAUUAUCAAAUCGAAUUGCAAGUAUCAGUUUUUUGGCGAGAAGGUGCCGACAACGACAGCAACGGUUUCCGGAAAUUCGCCGGCGUAUGGUCAUGAGAAGACGUUUCAAUUCAAACCGGUUACAAAAGAAUUGGCCGAUUAUUUGGCGAAUGCGAAUUUGUACAUCACUUUUUGGGGAACGCAACGACCGCGAUCGUUGUCGCGAAAAAGCAGCGCGUCUACAAUAUCGAAUCACUAUGUGGAAGCACCGAAUAAGACUAAGCGAAUUGAAAAACUAGUGGCGAAUGCGAAAAGUGCGGACAAUCGCACGAUUUCCGUGAAAGCAAUUGAUACUGUCCUUCGUGGUCCUGAAGACAUUGAGAAUAAGAAACCUCGAAAGUCAUCGAGUAAAAAGGCGUCGGCGAAAAGUCGGAGUGCUUCAAGGAAUCCGAAGAAGACGUCAGCAAAAUCAUCUUAG